CCAAUAUGGCCGCUAAACCACAAUUGAACUUGAACCGAUUGUGGAAAUCCCUCUUUGUUUAUACUUCCAUUCAUGGCCAAGUCAUCGUCGAAGCUCAUCAAUGGUUAGGGUUUGGCCAAUAAAAACAGCGGCGACUUUUUACUGCUCAAAAAAGUGGGUGAGAACUGAACUGAUGUUGAAACUUGAUUGGAAAUAUGAAAUGUUUCUACUAUCUAAUUCUAUAGCUGUAUCAGAGGGUAUCUUUAGUCGUUCCGUUGCAUGGUGAAUGAGUCAACGGGGUCAAAUUUAUCAUAUUAUUAGAAGCUAGUUGUUUUUAUUUUAUAUACAUGUAAUUUUUUCAAUUAAGAAUAGUUGAUUCUGGUUCAAAAUUGAAAACCCAAAUCGAGCUGGAUCUGAAUUCGUUUUCAGAGAAUUGAAGCCCUUCGAUAGGAACCAUCCGAGUGGCUUUUACGGUUCUAUUUCGGCUUUCCAUUGUUUAGAAACAGCGUGCAUCAUCAGAAGCGAGAAGAGAAAGUUGAGUGUUGAACUCCAAUGGAGGAGGCGGCCCUUGACUUCGUGCUCGUGCCUCUGGGUCUCGCUUUGAUGGCUGUUUAUCACGCAUGGUUGGUCUUCACCAUUUUUCGGAAUCCCAGACGGACGGUCAUUGGCCUCAACGCCGAGUCCCGCCGCCAAUGGGUGUUCAGCAUGAUGACUGAUCCGUUGAAGAAUGGCGUCUUAACCGUCCAGACAAUACGAAACAACAUAAUGGCAUCUACACUUUUAGCAACAACAGCAAUAACUCUUAGUUCGUUAAUUGGUGUUUUUGUGAGCACCUCAGCGGACUUGAGUAAUGCAAAGCUGCAUUUAAUUUAUGGCAACAAGUCUGCCCUUUGUACUUCAAUCAAGUACUUCUCAAUCUUGCUGUGCUUCCUUCUUGCCUUUCUAUGCAACGUGCAGUCGAUAAGAUAUUAUGCCCAUGUUAGCUUCUUGGCCACUGUUCCUACAUGGAGAGAUCACAAAGAAUCUAUACAUUACAUCGCUAGAAACUUGAAUCGAGGCAGUUUCUUCUGGUCCGUUGGACUGCGAGCAUUCUACUUUUCAUUUCCUCUCUUUCUCUGGAUCUUUGGGCCAAUCCCCAUGUUUGCUUCUUGCUGUACAAUGUCAUGUGUUCUCUAUUUCUUGGACACAACUACAAGUUUUACGCGGCAUCUUCACAGCCGCUCGUUGAGGGAGAACCUGGAAGUUGAUGAUCUGGAAUCAGCUCAUCAAGCGUCGUAAAGCCAUGGCUGUAAUUCGGCAGCGUUUAGCCCCAUUGGACUCUGGCUGGCAUUGUAGCAGACACUCACUAAUGGCCAAGAUUAAUUUGUACAGAACAGUAACAUUUGCUUUCCAUUGUCAAAGCACAAAGAAAAAGAGAGUGGCCAGGUGAGAUGAAAAUAACACAACAGAAUUUGUUUGUUUGUCAUUUCAAGAACACAACAAGGUGAGUAACAGUGCAAUGAUGAGAUGUGGGGAAGUCAAUUUGGAUGCCUCUCCCUUCCCUUCCCUUCCCUUCCCUUCAAAUAUUCUUUUACUGAAUUCUCUCACCUUUUCCAUUUCCAAAAAGUCACCCAGCUGCCUAAUAUGGCCAAAUGCCACUAUUGAGCCACAGCCCACUGCAGCAGCUUUGGCAGAGCCAAUAAGGUGGCGUUGACAAGCCCCUGUGCAGAUGCAAACAGUCAAAAUGUGCACCAUUACUGCAACACCAAGCUUUUUUCUUCUUCUCUGUGAUUCUGACUCGACAAACUCCAUUUGGGGCUGUCGCUCUGAUCUUAUCAUCAUCUCCAAGCUAAUUUUCAUGGAGUGGCCCAAGAUCUUGAACAAGUGCAAGUCUUGGAGUGGAAUUCUUGAUGAUUUUGGGUUAUAGUGGAGCACUUGUUUUGUUUGGUUAAAUUUGGGAAACUCAGAUGAGGAUUUUUGGUUGACCCUUGCAUGAGAAAAUGAUCAUUAUGCUGUUUUGUUAGAUGUCAUUAUGGUUUGACUGGCCAUU